AUGGCUUCGUCGUCGGGCAACGACGACGACCUCACCAUCCCCAGGGCUGCGAUCAACAAGAUGAUCAAAGAAACGCUCCCCAACGUCCGCGUGGCAAACGAUGCCCGGGAGCUGGUGGUGAACUGCUGCACCGAAUUCAUCCACCUCAUCUCCUCCGAGGCCAACGAGAUCUGCAACAAAUCGGAGAAGAAAACCAUCUCCCCAGAGCACGUCAUUCAAGCACUAGAAAGUUUGGGGUUUGGCUCCUAUAUCAGUGAAGUAAAAGAAGUCUUACAAGAAUGCAAAACAGUAGCACUAAAGAGGAGAAAGGCCAGUUCACGCUUGGAGAACCUUGGCAUUCCAGAAGAAGAGCUUCUAAGGCAGCAACAGGAAUUAUUUGCAAAAGCUAGACAACAGCAAGCAGAAUAAUGGCUACAGAUGCAACAAGCAGCUCAACAGGCACAGCUUGCUGCUGCCUCAGCCAGUGCAUCCAAUCAGGCAGGAUCAUCUCAGGAUGAAGAUGAUGAAGAUGAUAUCUGAAGUUCACCAGCUGAGUUUGUCUUUACUAAGAAGUAUUUUUCCUGCACAAUGAAAACAGUGAAAUGAAUGCUUACCUGUAGGUUUGUAUGCAUAAUGGACUGGCAGUUGGUAUUCUAGGGGUGUCUGCUGUUGUGUGCUGUACAUGUAUAAACUGUCUUUUUUUUGAAUUCUUGAAGAUUUAAGGUUCAGUAUCAUAUCAACUUUGGAUUUUUAAUGGUGUAUAUGGAAAUUUUAGAUAGCAGUGUGUCAUUUAUUUGAUCAAUAAACAGUGUUACAAUAAACAACAAGUUUAUAAAAUAUAGUGAGAUUUAUACAAAACCCUCUAAAUCCACAUUUGCAUUUCUUCCCUUUUAACUAAACUAUAAAAUCUUACCUGAAAUUUUUAAUUGUUUUGGGGGGGAGUGGUACAAGUAGACAUUAUCUGUUAAUGGGGGGGGGGGGAAAAGGGUUCAGCAUAUCAGAGUCUGAAUUCUUAGUUCUUUUUAAAAUGAGGAUGUAUAUGGCAAUAAAUACUAUAUAUGCUCAAACACCACACCUGUUAAAAUUUGAAAAUGAGACAUUUUCACCAAGCUAAGAAAAGGUAUGUUUAACAGGAGUUGUACAAAUUCAGUCAUUCUUUUGUAUAGGGGUGAACAAAAUAAACCCAUGGUUUUAUUAUGACAUCCUUUGACAGUCCUAACUGAAUAUUUCACUUCAGAGACUGCCUGGUCUGAAGAACUAACUCUCCUGUUUCACUCCGGUGUAAUGUCAGCUGUUGUUGAUGGUAUUUUGUAGUCCAGAUCUAUUCAUAUUUUCAAAAUAUAAAGCUGGAACUCGAUGAAACAAAAUUGUUUUAGUUCCACUGACAUUACUGGGAAUGAUUAGCUAGUAUUCAAGCCUAAGAAGGCAAAAGCUGAAGCUAAGAGCAUGCUUACCAUAAAAGAGGGAAUU